CGGAAGUACUUAGUUAUUCUUGACUUCACAGUGGUCUAGUUAUCUACGUGUAUUUCAGGAAUAUCUUUUGCCCCAUAUAAUAGUCAAAUGAUGACUAAAUUACAAUAUCUGAAUGUGUAUCUAACUGAGCGUUUGAUGCAAGCCGCGGAGGAGAUACUUGGAGUGGUCGGAGACACGAUCUCCGAGUAUCAGGAAGAAAUAGCUCGGACGAAGAGAGAGAACCAAUACCUGAAACGACACUUGAUCACACCGGUCCUACCUGCUCCUCAGCCCAUUCUCUCUUGGGUCUCAGAGCAGCAAACUCCCCCUGAGCAACAGCACUGUGAGCAGGAGUGGAGCCCAAGUCUGGGGCAGGAGGACACAGAGCCCACACAGAUUAAAGAGGAACAGGGAGAACUCAGGACCCGUCAGGAGGAAGAGCAGAUUCAAGGGCCGGAGGCUGAUACCAAAGAAGACUCCAUAACCAUUCCUCCCUGUGUGAAAAGUGACUGUGAUCAGGAGCCACCUCAGUCCACACAUCUUCUCCAAACUGUGGAGAACAGAGAGAAGUACUCUCUACUGACCAACACAACUGGACAGAUCAAAACAGAACCUGAUGGAGAGGGCUAUGGAGUAUCACUAUCAGAACCAACCAGUGACUCCCCUCAGUCUCAGCCCCUCGCUGCAGUAAAUCCAGACUGUUCUAGAACACAGAGUGUGAACACUGAAAGUGUUCAGAGAGAUCCAGAAAGGAGACCAGAGGAGGACACACAGACACACUCAUGUACUCAGUGUGGUGCCGUGUUCUGUGAGCUUUCCCAACUGAAGGCACACAUGCUAUCCCACACAGAACCACACAGUGGUGACACUAGUCACAGGCAAAUCCUCUGCACAGUCUGUUGGAAGUCAUUCACCUCUACCAGUUACCUCAAGGUCCACAUGUGUUCUCACAAUAAGGAGAAGCCCUUCCACUGUGGUGUGUGUGGCAAGAGUUUCAGCUACUCAGGGAGGUUCAGAGAGCACCAACGCAUCCACACGGGAGAGAGACCGUACCGCUGCCACGUGUGUGGUAAACGCUUCAACCGGUCUACCCAUCUGAAGACCCACCUGAGGGUCCACACAGGGGAGAAACCCUACUCCUGUCCUGUCUGUGGAAAAGGGUUCAGUCAGUCCAGCCAGAUCAAAGGACACCUCAGAACUCACACCCGAGGAAGGUAGGAGAACGAUGCCUUGGAGUGGAAAGACCCCAUGAGGGGAUAGACGGAGCUUUCUGUUCUCACAGUGCCCAGCUUUUAGGAAGAGAAAGGGGAAGACAUUACUUCUCUUCAAUGCUACUAAUUCUAUGUACACUACAUGGCAAAUAUGUGGACACCCCUUCAAAUGAGUGGAUUUGGCUAUUUCAGCCAAUCCCGUUGCUGACAGGUGUAUAAAGUGUACUUUUAGUUGACUUUCAAAGUGACACCAUCAUAAGAUGCCACCUUUCCAGCAAGUCAGUUUGUCAAAUUUUUAGAGCUGCCCCAGUCAACUGUAAGUGCAGUUAUUGUGGUAGGCCAUACAAACUCACAGAACGGGACCGUUGAGUGCUGAAGCGCAGAGUGCAUAAAAACGCUUGUCCUUGGUUGCAACACUCACUACCAAGUUCCAAACUCUGGGUGCAACGUCAGCACAAGAACUGUUCGUCGAGAGCUUCUUCAUUAAAUGGGUUUCCAUGGCUGAGCAGCCGCACACAAGCC